GGAGGACUCUGGAGCCAAUCUGGAGACAAAGAGUAGGAUUUCGGUGACACACGGAGCCUUCUUAGUGCUAACCUGGCCUGGCUGGGAGGCUGGUGGGGUGGGGGCUUCCUCCCACCCCAGCCGCUCACACCAAUAAAUAUGCAUUAGGGAAGUGGGCAGAGUUUUUCCCACAGACCUGAAAGGCCACAGCUGACCUUUUUACCCUCUUUAUGUACCAAUGUGACAGUCAGAGAGAGCAAAGAGCAGGACCCCCUGAGAUGCCUCCCCCCUGGCCUUCUGACUUGGGGAAACUUUUCACCCUCCUCCUUCCCCUGGCCCCAGACCAGGUCACAGCCUUGCUCGGGCUCCUGUCACAGGGAUUUCAGGUGGGAGUCAGGAGCUCCCAGCUUCAGGAUCUGCCUCAGGCCCUGUCCACUUUGGUGGCAGAGAGCCAGGCAUGAGGCCCUGGCUCAGCCUGUAAAGGCUCUCCCUGCCUUCCGGGACCAGUCUCUGCCUGUGGCUCCCCAUACUGUGCCCCUCCCCACCCCACCUCUGCCUGGGGCCUCCUCCCUGAGGAGCCCUUUGCUCUGCCAGUCCCCUUCCAUGGUCCUCUGUUCCUCUUCUCUUUCCUGGCCUCACUUCAUGUCCCUCUUUUCCUGCCACCCACUCCUCCAUGUGGUUUCCCUCUUUCCCUCUUCUCCUUUGGGGGGCCCCUUCUCCCCCGCCACCCCUACUUCAGCAGCACCCCCCUUUGAAAACUAGAAAGUCCUGGAAGAUGCCAUUUCCCUGAAAUGAAGAUGGCAUUUGGGGGUUGCAAAGGCGGGAGGGUGGGGGCGGUGAUCUCUCUCCCUGGUGCCCUGGCUUGCUGGCCAGUGGCCGGGGGUGGAGAAAGUCCUCUCUGAAUGGAGUCAGUGUAAAGACAGGAAAAGCAAACACCUCAGCCUGGGCCAGGCUGGCCUGUUUGGGGGUAGGGGUGGGGGGGCAGGAUGGGCAGGGGCCUGGGCUCAUCUUUGCCUCUCCUGGCUCCUGAGGGACCCUGGCUUCCUGGCUCCCUGGCACCCAGCAUCCAGAAAAUGCCAGGAAAAUCUGUGCCUGGGAAGGAAGGUCUGGCACCUGAGGGCCUGCUUGACCAGCCCUUCCAGCAGCAGGAACUGCCUGAGAAGUUACCUUGUGCCAGAGACAGCCCCAGCAGUGCCAUCUGCCUCCCAGGGCUGAGGGGACCCCAAGAUGCUCUGCCCAGGGCCGGAGCCGCGCGGGCGCUGGCGGCAGAGGCGACGACGUCGACGCGCGGAGGACGCCCAGCUCGAGGCGCCGCGGGAUGCAGCACUCAGGUCGGGGGGACCCCGGGACUCCCGCCCCGCCCCCCGGCCGGGCGUCGCCGCGCAGGUCUGCGAAGUUUCGCGUGGGUCCGCCAGAGGGCGCCCCGGGGCGAGGCGGGGCGAGGCGGGGCGGGGCGGGGGCCGGGAGCCCCGCAGGGCUGCGGCGGGUCGGUCCCGCCCGAGGGUCGGAUGCUGGCCGGGCGAUCCGGACUCGAGGGCACCGGACGCUCCGCGGAGCCGGAUUCCGGGGGAUGA